CCCCAAUCGAAAACAAUGAUGGACGAACUCAGGCCGAAUUUGGUAGGCGUGGGGAAUCUUUUGGGUGUCGGCGGGCUGCUCGACGACCACCACGGACAUUUGGGAGGUGGUAGCAACAACGCGGAGAAGAGCGGGACUAAUAGAAAAUGUAAUAGCGCCAGCGGAUCGUCGGCCGAAGACUUCAGCGCUAUUUACGGGGGAUUGCCCCAUUCGCAUGAUCACCACGGUCAUACUCCGGCCCAUACUCCUCCUUCAGCCGGACGACCCAUUAACGACCAUAACGAAGGCGCAUUCAAAAAAUUGAAACCCGAGCCUCAGACGACGCCCAGCGGUACUACAUUAGGAACCGUUUCGCCUAGCAAUGGACCACAACACGCAGGUCACACUCCGACAACAGCUUCCUGUCCCACACCUGCUCGAAGAAGGCACCGCACCACGUUCACGCAAGAACAGUUGGCGGAACUGGAAGCCGCUUUCGCGAAAAGUCACUACCCCGAUAUUUAUUGUAGAGAAGAAUUAGCGAGAAGUACGAAGUUGAACGAAGCUAGAAUACAGGUAUGGUUUCAAAAUCGACGGGCCAAAUACAGGAAACAAGAAAAGCAGCUUCAGAAAGCGCUGGCUCCGAGCGUGUUGCCCGGUUGCAAUGGCGCCAUGAUGCGGAAUAUCUAUCCGGGGGCGGCGCGAGGGUAUCAGCCCUAUCCACACCCGACGGCUAUCAACAGAUACCCCCAGAUGGGUACAACAACAUAUCCCGGUAUGGCUCAAUCAUUUUCGAUGUCUCACGGUACAAAUAUGAGUAGUGUUACUGGUAUGAGACAAGACGCGAUGAGUAUGAGUGCUGAAGAUGAAUGGUAUAAUAAAAGCCUAUCUGCCUUAAGAAUGAAUUCUACACAUCAUCCUAAUUUAGCCGCACCCAUGCUGCAAUAUCAAACGUAAUAGAAAACUUCGCCUAAUUCAUUUUCCUAUUAUCGAUGUUUUUUUAACAAAGACACAAAAUCUGACAUAAAAAAUCAAAUUUACGAAACGAAUUUUAAAUACAAUAACAAAAUUUACAGUAGAGAUAAUAGAAAAUCGUAAACAAUU